AUGAGCAGUGAAAAGCAAGCUGACGAAGAUAACGAAACUGUCGCGUCUAGCACAGAGAAACCCGAUGACAUUGACGAAGAAAAAUCUCAACCAAGCGAAUCGAAUAAUGACGACGAUGACGAUACUGAUAGUAAUUCCAGUAGCGAAUAUGAAGUCGAGAAAAUCCUGGCUAAACGAAAACGUCGCCGAGGUGGUGGAUACGAAUAUUACAUUAAGUGGGUCGGUUACGAUGACUCAGCCAAUGAAUGGAUACCUGCAACGAGUUUGAACUGUCCCGAACGUUUAGCAGAAUUUCGUCGUGAAGAAGAACGCACUCGUAAACGCGCACAACGAGACAAAACUAGGUCGAAAAAAGUACAAAAACGAAUUAAUAGGGCUGAACAACGGAAAAAGCGACGAACGAAAGUUAUUCAAGAUGACGAUGACGAGGAAGAAGAUGGACAAGAUGAAGAUCCACCUAAGUCAGUUGCUUCAUCUACCAAUUCCGAAAAGCCUUCCAAAAUGGACACGACCACGUACGGAUUAGAAAAGGGUCUCAAAGUCCAAGCCGUUUUGGGAAUUAAUCGAACGAAAGGCCAACAAUUACACUAUCUUGUUCAUUAUGAAUCUCCUACGAGCAUCGAAGACAACAUGGAAUUGAUUCCGGCUGAUGUAGCGAAAAAGUACUGCGAAGGUGAAAUCAUUCAAUUCUACGAAACUCGAAUAUCUUGGAAUGAUCGGCAAAAUGAGGGAUAA